AUGAAAUCCCUUUUUCAAUGGACAAAUUUAUUGUUUGUCGUUUGUCUGUGGAUAUCUACCGCGCAAGGUUUCGUAGGAUCCGAAGAAAAAUUUAUUAAAAAAUAUGCAAUGAUGAAAGUUUACGAAAGUUGUUUCGGUCCUCAAGUUCUUAGAGAGAUACGAAGAGAAAUGAGAGAAGCUGCGGAAAAAUGUUCGGAUAUCAUACCGCAAAGCGAAGACGGUUCAUCAACAUCCGAUGAGCAAAUGACUCAGUUGGAUAAUGAUGAUAAUAAUAAUAAUAAUGGUUCAGAACUAGAAAGUGCUGCUUCAUCUAAAAAACCAGUAGAUAUAUCAAAAUUGGAGGAAGCCAUUUUAAACAUCGGAGGAAGACCGGUUCGUAUUAAAUUUCAUCAACCUUCACCACCAUUGGGAUAUUAUCCGCCAAUGUUUUAUCCACCACCUCCAAUACCAUUCCCACCCACGUAUCCCUAUCACGGUUAUUAUCCGGGAUAUUUUCAAUCCCCUGCGCCCAUAGGUAAUCCACCUUUUCAAUCGCUUUACAGGCACGGAAUAAGAUCGGCAAAAAUCACGAAUUUCAAUACGAGAAAACCACGUGAAAAUGAAUUUAAGGUACAAAUCGAUUCGACCGCUUUUCAAUACAACACCAAAGUCCGUAACAUAAGUUGCAUAAUGCAAGAAUUGGGAUAUUUGGACGAACGUUUAGAACCCAAUUAUUUAAAAAUAAACGAAAGAAUUGGGAAAUUAAACGUGGAAGAAGAACUUAAGAAAGACAUGAUCGAUGGCGUUAGAUUUUGUAAACAAUUUUCCCAAUGCAUUCCGGAUACGAGACACAACAGUCAAUUUUCAAGAGAAUUAUUAAGGCCCAUGUUUUUCUUCAGGUGUUACAAACAUAAAAAACUUGAAUCUUGCAUAAUGAAAGACAUCAGAGAAAGAGUUUUGAAAUCAUCUUCAUCAUCCGAUUUAAAUAAUCAAGUUCGUAGAUCGUUUCCCAAUAACGAUUUAAUAUCACCCAUAUUCGAUUCACUUUUCGGUUACAACACUGACGAAUCAUUUGAUUCUUCCAUAUUUUAA